AUGCUUCCCUUCGCCCCCCCCCUCCUCCUCCUCCUCCUCCUGGCUGCUCUGGCCCCCCCGACCCUGUCUGCCUCCCAGGGGCUCCAGGUCAGAGGUCACAGGGCGCCCAGGGAAGCCAAGCAGGACACCAUCAAGGUACUGCUCUCCGGCGGCUGCGUCUCUCACGGGGACUCGUCCGGCGCCGCAGGUCAGGAGUUCGAACUGGCCCCUGGUUCUCCUCUGGUCCUGACCCAUCAGAUCAAACUGGUUCCGUCGGGUUCUGGAUCCGGACCCGGGUCGUGUGGCUGCGAGUCGGACUUGGCUGCUCUGCGGGAGCGGCUGGAGCGGCUGGAGAGGGAGGUGUCGACCCUCCGAGACAAAUGUGGAGGAGCCGACGGAGGCUGCUGCUCCUCCAAGGAGAGCAAAGGUGCCGGUUGUUCCAUCAAACCCAAAGAGGACGAGUGUCCUAACGAGUGCAGCGACCAGGGACGCUGCGUGGACGGCCGGUGCGAGUGCUUCCCCGGGUUCAGCGGACCCGACUGCAGCGACUCCAACUGUCCUGGGAACUGCCACGACCACGGCCGCUGUGUGGGGGGGCAGUGUGCGUGCGACCCCGGGUUCAGCGGCCCGGGCUGCUCGGGGGGGGCCUGUCCUGACGCCUGCCGGGCCCACGGACGCUGUGUGGGGGGGCAGUGUGUUUGUGACGCUGGAUUCUCUGGUGCAGACUGCUCUGAGAUGUCCUGCCCUGCAAACUGCAACCACAGGGGGCGCUGUGUUAACGGACAGUGUGUUUGUGAUGAUGGAUUCCGCGGCGCAGACUGCUCUGAACGGGCGUGUCCUAACGACUGCAGCGACCGCGGCAGGUGUGUCGACGGUAAAUGCGUUUGCAACAGCGACUUCUCCGGAGACGACUGCUCUGACGCCUCCUGCCCAGGGAACUGCAGCAGCAGGGGGCGCUGUGUCAACGCUCAGUGUGUUUGCGAUGAAGGAUUCACAGGUGCGGAGUGCGGAGAACAGACCUGUCCUAACGACUGCAGCGGCCGCGGCAGGUGUGUCGACGGAAAGUGCGUCUGCAGCGUCGGCUUCGCGGGACCAGACUGCUCCGCCAAGGCUUGUCCCGGGGACUGCACCAGCAGGGGGCGCUGCAUCAAGGGCCGGUGCGUGUGCAGGCGUGGCUUCAGAGGGCCGGACUGCAGCCUGUGUGAGGACGGACGGACGGGAGCGACCUGUGACACCGUGAUGUCAGGUGUCUCCCAGCUGAGGACUCAGGACGUCACGGAGACGUCCGUCACGCUGCUCUGGAGUCGACCUGCUGUGCAGUACGACUCCUACCACCUCACCUUCAGCAGCCAGAAGGCCAGCGACCAGCAGAUCUCGGCCCGGGUGGACGGAGGCCUCAGCAGCUUCACCCAGACGGGCCUGGCGUCCGGGCAGGAGUUCAACGCCACCGUCACCGGGGAGGUCGGCGGUCGGAGAGGAGCCGAGAGCGCCACCGAGUUCAGGACCCUCCUCUCGGGUCCCGCCCACCUCCGGGUCGUGAAGAUGACGUCCACGUCCGCGGUGGUCCAGUGGGAGCGGUCGCAGGGUGAGAUCCACAGGUACCGCUUGAGCAUCACUCCCAGAGACGGAGCCGGGGAGACUCGGGAAGUCACCGUACCUGGAGACCAAGACUCCGCCCACAUCAAGCAGCUGGAGGCGGGGCGUUCGUAUGACAUCAUCCUGGUGGCGGAGAAGGGGCGGAGUCAGAGCCAGCCAGCGACCACGCAGGUGGUUCCCGGGAACAGUUCCCCAAGGGUCACCGCCGCAGCUUUGACCACGCAGCUCAGACACAAGCUCAACCCAUCACCUGGGAAGCAAGUCUCUGACCAGCAGGGGGGACGGGAGGAUGAACCUGACUCUGUAGGAGGUGGAGGGAUCCAUGGACCCAACAAAGACUCUCCACCUCCGCUCAGCAGGACCAAGGCCACAAAUGUCACCAGACCCAAACCCGCUGAAAGGCUCACAUUGUCCAGGAAGCCCAAAGUUCCCGCCCCUUUCAGAUUCAACACAACCAGAGUCGUACCUGGAGGGUCAAAGGUCAGCCGUGGCCCCUUGAAGAAGACCCUAAUAGGGGAGAAAAAGAAGGUAGUGCCCAAAAAAUCUAAACCAGAAGUCACCAGAAUAGAAACCAGGACAAUAGAUACGACUGUGACAGAAGCUAACAAACAUCCUGCUCUCAUGUCUGGAAGCGAUUCAGAAACACACAGACCAAGUGUCUCAGAGGAACCACCGAGGCUACCAGAUGUUAGCCUGACCGGCCAAGAGAACCACACUGCUCCAGUGUCUUCACAGCAGACUGGGACCAGUCAAGGCCAAGAGAAGAAAUGCCUGAACAAAGUCAAAGUGACGCACAUCAGAUUCCCCCAUCAGGAGCGGGGUGGGGGGUGCAGAGGGGACGGGACAGUAGGGAACCAACUGGAUCCAGAUCGAUCUGCAGAGACAAACCCGGACUCGUCACCUGAUCCUCUACGGAAACUCCUGAGUGACACCUUCGACAGUUUGAAUAUCACAACGUUUUCUGUUCACUUGUCCGAACCAUCAGAGCUCUCUGAUGAUGAAGAGGAGGCAGUGAGGAGGAAGAUUCUAACAGGACUGGAGCCACUGUCAUCAUCUUCAUCCUCUUCAUCAUCCUUACCACAGUCACAGUCAUCAUCAUCAUCAUUGUCCACACCAUCACCUUUACAAGUUUCAUCCUUAUCAUCCUCAUCAUCAUCAGCAGCAGCAUCAUCAUCAUCUUCAUCACUAACACAUUCAAUUUCUUCAUCACCCUCAUCACCACCAUCCCUUACACCUUCAUCCCCGUCACCAUCAUCAUCCUCGUCUCUCAGCUCAGACAAACCAGAUUCUUCUGGAAACACAGAACAAAAAGCUGAUGAGACCAAAACCACGACCGACCCAGAACCUCCGGAGGAAAGAAAACCUUCAUCCUCAGGAGAAGCUGCUGCACCUCCUCUCCGCCACGCUCCUCCAGCACGAGGCUUCGUCCGUCGGCCACGCCCAGUUUAUGGUUUGUUACAGAACAGGACACUUCUGAAUUUGAGAGUUCCUCCCCGUCCCCAUGGAAACAUCAUCCCGAGAAGAGAGACGGGGACGAGGGACAAAUCCACCGAUGAAUCGUUUCCUUCGUCUGCUUCCGAGGAAUCGUCCCCAGUGAAGAUGAUCACAGGAGUCAGGGAUGCGAGUGCAGACCAGGACGCACCGACCACACCUGCGUCCUCUGGACACAACCAGGAAGUGAUGCUGACAGAAAGAGGGCGGAUCCCAGUUCGUCCUCCAGCUCCCAAAGGAGGAUACGUGCGUCGGCCCUUUCCUAACACGGCAUUUCUUCAGAACAAAACUCGACCUAGUUUAAGGCUCAUGACUCGCCCCAUUCGACCUGUGAGUCCUGAAAACAACCCACAGAGGCUGGAGGUGUCUCCUGCUGCAUCUCCAACCACUUCAUCUCCUCCUGAUGUCACAGCUGGAAGUACACAGCCGACAGGAGAGGAUCAUGAAGAUAGAGCUGUAGUGAGAACCUCCUCAACAAGAAUGUCCAGUGAGCAGUUCAAUCAGACUCUCAGAGCUCCAGGAGAACCUUCGUCCCGUCGCCCAACUAAAGUUCAGUAUUUCCGUCGCUCCCAAAUCUCUGCUGGAGCUCUCCAGAACACAACACGUCCACACUUGAGACGACCUCCAUACCCACGUAGAGGUCUCAUGCACAAACCUCUCCCGGUCAGGAAGCUGAAUGGAGACGCUGUAGGAAGUCAAACUAGCCAACAAGAAAAGGGGAGUCCAUCUGAACUCCCUGGAAUCCCACAUAACCAGUUAGAAGAGCAGGAUGUUCCCAGGCCUACCCAACGAGUAGAAGCUCGGAUAAGACAAACAGGAGAACACGAAACUGCAGGUGUAGGCACACAGACGGAUGUCCACAAAACUGCUGUCAGUCCACAAAUUAACAAACUAGAAAAUGGGGAAAUGUCUCCAAUCCAAGCAACAUCAUCUGGGGAAGAAGAAACUGUGACUCUAGUUUACAAGAAGGAUUCUGACGUCCACAACCAGCGAGUCAAUACUGCCAAAUAUCCUGCUUCUACAGAUCGAGGAAGACAAGAUAUCCAACAAACUUCCUCUGAUUCAAGAGAUUCAAGACCAGCCUCACUUCCAAAAGGACGAGCACCAUCAGGAAGUCUCACAGGACAUCGCACCCAGGUGAGAAACCACGUCAGGGAAGAAGAUCCUAAAACAAAUCACACUGUGAAACGGGUGUUGGACACAAAAACUGGACAAACAAGGAAGGCUGCUUCAAAACCUGUGAUGGGACCAGAUGUUGCUUCAGCCGGAGUCACCAGAGAACAUCUGGACUACGUAGGAGUGAGGAACCGGACCUCAGAUGGUUUCACGCUCACAUGGGACUCACCGCAGGGAAAGUACAAAACCUUUGUUGUGACCAGGAAACGAAACGAAAAAGACGAGACACCAAAUCAACAGGAAGCCUCGGAGAGAGAGGAGGAGAAGCUUCCACCGAGUCAUGAACCAGGAGAGAGAAGAACUGAAGAGGGGAACGCAGUAUCCGAAAGAGACCGAACACACAUCCCAGUGAAGCAAAGCAACACAACCGUUGAACCAACAACAGGAAGUGAGCAACCCUUCAGAGAGGUUCUUCCUGGUUCAGCUCGCUCCCUCGGCUUCGAGGACCUGCCUCCUCAGACGGAGUACACCAUCACCCUGCUGGGGAAGGGUCCGGGUCUUCUGUCCAGGCUGCACAAGCUGGUCAUCAGUACAGGCCCCGAGCCCCCGAGAGACAUCGUGUUCAGUGAAGUGACGGAGAACUCUCUGACGGUUUCCUGGACCAAACCCAAGAAUCCCGUCAGUGGUUUCAAAGUCACCUACACCCACAGAGAGGAUGGUGAGAAACUGGAUUCACCAGGUUUAACAGCAGCCGAGCCGCUGUCUGUGUCCCUGGACCAGGAGGACUCCUCCGUCAGCCUAUCACAGCUCUCUCCUGGUUCCACCUACGAGGUCAGCAUCCUCUCCAUCCUCGGCCUGGACGAGAGCGACCCGGUCCACGACCUCGUCUCCACACUCCCUGACCCGCCAACACACCUGCGGGCCGUGAACGUGACCGACACCAAGGCCUUGCUGCUGUGGCGUCCAGCGCUGGCCACCGUGGACAAGUACGCCAUCGUCUAUGGCUCGGGUUCAGGGUCAGAGUUGAGGAUCACGGUGUCUGGAAACGCAGCCGAGCAGCAGCUGAGCGGUUUGGAGGAAUCCACCACCUACACCGUCACCAUCAGCAGUCAGCUGGGCGGGGGGGAGAGCCCGGUGGCUACAACCAGCUUCACCACCAGCAGAGGGAGCGAAGGGGAGGAGCCGGGAGAUCUCCAGGCCAACAACGUUACGCCUCGCACCGCCCUGUUGUCAUGGCGACCAGCCGUGCAGCCCGCUGCCCGCUACAAGCUGACCUAUCAGACGGAAGGUCGGGAGGUCAAGGAGGUGAUGGUGGACUCUUCGGUGAGAGAGCUGAACCUCACCAGACUUCAUCCUGGAUCUAAGUACACGGUGCAGCUCCAGGCGGAGGCAGGAGGACGAUUCACCUCCUCCGUGUCCACUGAGUUCACCACCGGCGCCCUGAGGUUCCCCUUCCCCAGCGACUGCUCUCAGGAGCUGCUGAACGGCAUCAUGGCGUCCGGCGAGGUGGAGAUCUUCCCUCAGGGGAGCCAGGGAGCCUCCAUGAUGGUUUACUGCGACAUGGAGACGGACGGAGGAGGCUGGACGGUCUUCCAGCGGAGGAAGGACGGCUCGGUGGAUUUCUUCAAAGGCUGGAGGGACUACGUCAAAGGAUUCGGAGAUCUGAGUGGCGAGUUCUGGCUCGGCCUCGAGAGUCUCCACAACCUGACCACAAUGAGCAGGAUGAGUCUGCGUGUCGACCUGCGAGACGGAGACGACUCGGUGUUCGCCAAAUACUCCACGUUCGCGGUGGCGAGGAGGAACUACCGCCUGAGCGUGGGCGGGUACAGCGGCGACGCAGGUGACUCCCUCAGUUACCACGACAACCAAGUCUUCUCCACCAAAGACAGAGACCCGUCGCAGUCCAUCACCCGCUGUGCCAUGUCGUACCGAGGAGGAUGGUGGUACCGGAACUGUCACCAGGCCAACCUCAACGGACUCUACGGCAUCGACGUCAAACACCAGGGUAUCACCUGGAUUUCCUGGAAAGGAAAAGACGUGUCCAUUGCGUUCACUGAGAUGAAGAUGAGACCGGCCUCCUUCACUCCUGAGGCCAGCGGGUGA